ACUCAACUUCGUAUUAUUCAUCAUCUUCAUCCUCAAGCUCUCAACAACUCCGACUCUGAGCUUCCUCGAUCCGCAAAAAAUGGCGUCCAAUCUCAAACCAACGUUCGCAUACACAAUUCUCUACGUCAAAGACGUCGCUAAAUCAGUCGAUUUCUACUCCAAAGCCUUCGGUUUCACCGUUCGUCGCCUCGACGAUUCCAACAGGUGGGGAGAGCUCGUAAGCGGAGAAACAACAAUCGCAUUCACUCCUCAACACCAGCACGAAACAGAGGAUCUGACGGGCGUAGUUCAAACCCCAUCCUCAAAUCGUGAACGAAACCCUAUCGAGAUCUGCGUCGAUUAUGCGGAUGUGGAUGCAGCGUUUCAGAGAGCGGUGGAGAAUGGUGCGACGGAGGUGACUCGGCCGGAGGGGAAAGAGUGGAAUCAGAAGGUGGGUUAUGUACGGGAUAUUGAUGGAAUGGUCGUGCGGAUAGGUAGUCAUGUGAAUCAUCCAAAACAGAACUGAAUUACUGGGUGAUGUUGUACCUGUUGUUCUUCUUCAAUCUUGUGAAGAUGAAUUAAUAUUAACAAAUAUGAAUAAAUCAGUGAUUCCAAGUUUAGUUUA